GCUGACGUUUCCUUCCGAAUGAAACGGUCCACGUUGAAGAAGACUGCUGUAGCAGUGGCAACUGCUAUGGUCGUUUGUGUGGGCAUUUUUGCCUUGUCAACGAAUGGCUUCAGCCACAACUGCAACAAUGUUGGAGCUUUGCAAGGCAAGUCUGCUUUGGAUCUUGACUCUGCCAUCCGCACCACUAGUGAAAAACUGAUUCAGGCAGCCAAGAACAAUCAAACUCUGGCUGAUGAGACUGUGAUGAAGGCCAUGGUGAAGGCAGGUCACAAGGUUCAGGACCACUGGGAGAAGCACCACAUCCGCAAGUUGGAUACUCUUGUGACGAUCCGAAAGGUGAAAGGAUUCCGCCAAGGACAAAAGGCCGCGCUUGCUGGACGUGCGGAAUGCUCCUUCAACAUUUUGGAGGCAUUUGUCUCAGCAGUGGGUAUGGGUGAUGACAUCAAUGCCAUCAUUCGAACUUGCCCUGCACCUCGUGAUGGUGAGUCUGAGUUGGCUUGCCAGGUGAACGGUGGCAUCCUGGGUGCUUGGGUGGGCAACCUUGCUACAAAGCUGGCCUUAGCAGCUUCCAAUUGUGCGCUGAGCAUCAACGUGGAUGCCAUUUGCUCUGCUGGUGUCACAGGCUUGGUGUCAGCCAUGGGAGAGAUUGCAGCUGGAGCUUCUUUGGGUGCGGCCGUAUGUACCGGAACUCCGCCACAACUGACCACCACCAAGAUCAGUGUCCUGGGAGAUCAGACUGUCCGGGACAGUCGACGUUUGCUGAUUGGAGAAGGCGCUGUCGGCAACGGUGUGCAGUGUGGUGUGGAUGUGGGCAUGGUGGCAGCCAACAUUGCAAACAUGGGUCUUGCCAUCAACAAGGCCGUGAAUGUGAACAAGUGCAAAGCGAGCACCUUUCGCUCACCAUUGAACGUGUUCAAGGGCAUCCCAGAGACACUUUGCACCAUUGACAUUGGUGGUGCUGUGGCGUACAUCGGUGAGGUUGUUACCUUCAUCAAUCUCAUUGUGGUUCACUGUAAGGACUUUCUGGAUGUCAACGCACUUUGUGCUGGCUCCAUAGCUGCGAUCACCACGGGUGCAGCGGCCAUUGUGCCCUAUGGCGCAGCAGUGCACGCGGCCUGCGCGAACAACCAUUUCUUGAAGACACCCAAGAGUCAAGCACAGCUUUCGAAAUUGUGGUAUUCCCCAGGCUAUGAUCCUGUGUCAGGCUUGCGUCGACGCUUGACGGAGGAGGAGACGGCUGCUAAGCAACCCUUGAAGGAAAGCUUGUCUCAGAUCGCGGCGAACCGUGAGACUUUGGAGGAGCUGAAGAAGGCGACGGAUGUUCCCAAGCCGGGCAACACAGAGGCAGACAUGGAGACUCUCUUGAACCUCAUGGGCGGAGAGGACAAGGUGAUGAUGUGCAUCAAACCCAAAGUUGUUUUUUCUUAUGGAUUUGUGGCAGAAUUGAGUUGCAGAAUAGUACGUCAGCGUGGAGAAGAAUUUGAUCCCGAUGAUUUGCUUUAUAAACCUGCUGUCAUGAUCCCUGAGCCUGACAAUCCUGGAGAAGAGCUGGAGUUGGAACCUCCCAACUAUCUGGCUGGAAUUGAGAAGCUUCUGCAGGCCUUGGAGAAGAUCAAUGGUCAGACGACCUUGGACAAGCGUGGGGAGCUUCGACAACAAUUCUACCAAGAUUUGCGUAGGAAACCUGGUGAAAGACUUUCUGAGUUCUGUACACGUUUUAGGACGUUGGUGGCUGACCUUCGCAGUGAAGGAGUUAACCUUCCCAAUGAAGAGCUUGGCUGGUUCUUACGCGAUAAGUUGGGGCUGGACCCUCUUCGCAAGCAGAUGCUCGAUACAGCAUUGUCUGGAAGGGAAACAUAUGAGGUCAUCGAGGCCGAGGUGUUGCGUUUGUUCAAGGAUAUCCAUUUAGCAGAUCCUCUUUUCAGGCGUGCUGAGACUGGCAACAGACCUAAGCUGACAAUUCGUAGGAUGUUUCAGCAUGGAAGUUCUUUUGCACCCUCAACUGCUGCUCCUAGUCGAGCCUCUACAAGCUCGACUGCCUCAGGUUUGAGGAGACCUGCCUUGUCAAGUAGCAGCGGCAGCACUCGCCGCGCCUAUGUGACUGAGGUUGAGCCUGAGCUUGAACAACCUGAAGACGAAGUCAUGGAAGCAGUUGCUGGUGUGGAAGAUGAGCCGGAUCAUGAGUCACAGCCUUUGGAGGAAUAUUUGCAAUCUGAAGCGGAAGUUUUUGCCGCUGAACUUGCUUCUGCGGAAGAGCAAGGAGUUGAUCCUCAGGCCAUUGAGGAGUUGGAAGCCAACUUUGAGCAAGCUGCCGAGGUGUUAGUUUCUAUGAAAGAAGCCCGCAAUCGUUUGAACGAAGUGCGGAAGGACAGACAGUUUGGAAAGCCUGCGCCUGGAUCAACGAAGGGCAACCCGAACGUGCCUGCGGCCAAGAAGAGCUCUGGCCGCCAUCCUUGUUUUGAUUGCGGCAAUCAUGGCCAUUGGGCUGGUGAUCGUGAAUGUCCAAAGCCUGGAGCCGGACUCGGCAAGAAGACUGCGGUGGCAAAAGGGAAACCGCAGCGCCAAGUUCGAAUUGCUGAAGCUUUGCAUGCAGAUUGUGUACCUGAUGUAAUUUCACCUGGUGAUCACUCAAGUAGCUUUUCAACUGGCAAAUCUCCUCCAGCUGCACAUGAACAUGAAGCUGCAGUUGUAUCUCAUGAUGAUAUUCCUUUGGACAAAGCUUUGUUUUUGAGCGGUUGUUCACGGGAGCACUCUACCCUUGCAUCUUCUACGUCUGCUCAGGCGUUGUCGGAUGACAAGCAGCUGGUGGGGGCUCUUGAUUCAGCCUGCAACCGUACCUGUGCAGGUCCAAGCUGGUUGGAUGGUUAUGUGCGGAAACUUCAGCAAGUCGCUCCUCUUUGGGUUCUCGAACUGGUUGAUUCAAGUGAUGAGCAAGAGAAUUUUCGUUUUGGCAAUGGUGGUUUGGUAACUUCUAGCAAAAGAUGGCGUUUACCAACUUUGAUCUGUGGUAGGAUUGUCCUCAUUUGGGUGAGCAUUGUACCAGUUCUUAGUCUUGGAUGUUUACUCGGACGUGACUUCCUGGAUGCAGUCGGAGGAAUCCUGAAUUUUGCCUCCACGACUUUGCAAUGCAGUUUCUUGUCCACUGCCUCGCAAAGGUUGAACCAGAUGAGCGCUGGGCAUUUCAUUUUUCCUCUCAUCGGCGAAGAUUGGCCGAGGCAACGAGCUGGAAGAUGGAGAACAUGUGGAUUAGAUGGCAUUGUUGAGUUGCAGAUUCUACAGCACCUUUUCCCCAACUUCCUCUACGACAUCUUGCUGACCGCGAUGGAGCCUCUGGAGAAUGCCAUCCUGACUCUGGGGCCAGCUGCUCAGAGGCAGCUCAUGUCCGAAUGCCGACUGGCGUUCGCAAUUUACCGCUGGCGCCGAUUCAUCUUGCGACUUCAAGAUCGCGCCCAGUGGCAUGUUCACGGAUUGCUGCUUUGGUUGGUCUCGCGAUCCUAUUUGAGGUUCUUGCCCUAUCCAUACCCUUCAAUCACUUCUGUGGAGGCUUGGAAGGAUCAGGCCAAGAACAUGGUGAGCCAAUUGACACUGAGCGCUCAUGCCUUCAACAUGGCCGCUCAGACUGGGAGGUUCACUGCUCAGAACCUUUCGGAGCUGUGCCGCUUCAGGGAUCGUGUGGGCUGGCGACAUGCCUUCCUGGAGGACUCACUACUGACUGGCUUUCUGGUGGCUCGUGGAAUGAAGGGUCAUGCCAGGAAGAUCCGAGAUGCUGCAUUGGAAGAAGCUCGCCAGGAAGUUGCUCAACGCGCCAAUGUGAAGGAGCGGGACGAGUUUGUCCGACAGAUGCUGGGCCCGAGGUGGAUUGCCCUGCCUGAGAGCCGACUUGGUCAAGCUGGCACUGUUGCUCAACUUGGGAGUGUCAGCCUCCGACACGGUUCCCGUGCUGAAGGCCAAGAUUCAACCUAUGGUGGCAACCUUGAAGGGUCAGAAGCCUAUGAACCCCGAGCCUUACCAGCCGCCUUCCAGAGCAAAAGCCAAGGCAGCCCCAUCGGUGAGCCGAGAGUCCACGAGCUCUGCAUGGUCAACUGUGACCGAACCUGGACCUCAACUUCACAUGCAGCAAGUGGGCGAUCUGCUGGAAGCAAGAGUUCAGCAGGCCAUGACGGUCCAGGACCAGAAAGUGGAGAACAUGAUGGCCCAGGUGAUGAUGCACAUCGAAGAUCGCUUCAAGUACGUGCCUCAACAGGGCAUGGCCGAAGUGUUGAACGGCACGAUUCCGGAAGUGCCGAUGGAUCCAUGAAACUUGAUGGCAAGAAGAUCAAGCCUGGUCAACGCCAAAUGAUCACCCAGGCAUGGGAGAAGCACAGAAAAGAUCAGAUCGCUGUGUCUGCAGAUAGGUUUGAGAUCAAUGAGGUUUGGCAUGCAGAAUGGGAUGCGGAGAUGAAGCGAAGCAUGAAUGAGACCUUCGUGACCACUCUCCAGUUUCCAUCGCCAUUUGUCACUGAGGUUUACACAGAUACUGAGCUUGUUGCCAAAGCAGCUCGCCAACUUGGACUGCAUGCUGGCGACAGUUUGACUUUGAAGAGUGGCUGGGGUUUUCGACGUGAAGAUCAUCGUCGCGCUGCCCUGCGACUUGUCAAGAAGCUCAAACCUUACUGCACAGUUUUGGCUUUUCCAUGCGGACCAUGGUCUCCAUUGAUGCAGCUCAAUCCAGCAGCUGACCUUGAACGUCUUCGCAGUGAAGGCGAAAUCCUGAUCAACUUUGCCAUAGAGAUUGCGGAAGUAUUUGCGCACAGAGACGGCGUUUUGCCGGUGGACAUUGACAUGUGCCAUUUUGGCCUCAAAGGUCACUACACUGAUGAGUUCUCAAAGACCAUCAUUCUUUCCUUGAUGGACCAGUUUGACUUUGAGACAGCUCAAAUGUAUGACAUGGUUGCGAAGUAUGACCAGAUGUCAAAGAAUAUCGAUUUUGCAAAGAAUGUCCAGACCUCUGUCGAUGCGAACACGGCUGAGGUGAACAUCACAGAACAUGAAGUGCUGGCUUUGGAGGAGGAAUCAGAUUCUUCACUUGAAAUGUCAAAGGAGGAGGACAGUGUGCCAAUUCCUGCGGAAAUCAAGAAUGCCGUUUUCAGACUUCAUGUGAACAGUGGACAUAGAUCGAGUCAGAGAUUGGCCAGAGCACUUUUGGUUUCUGGCGCCCCGCCUGCUGCCGUGAUAGCAGCCAAGCAGUUGCGUUGCUCAGUUUGUCAGGAGCGAAAACGCCCAAAGGCAAGGCCGCCAAGUUCCUUGCCGCCACCUCGAGAUGUUGGUCAACAGAUUCACAUUGACUUGGUUAUCCUGGAGGACUCUAUGCGAAAGCCUUAUGUGGUAGCCCAUGUGACUGACAAUGUCUCCAGGUAUCAACAAGCCAAAGUUCUCCCUGACAAAUCAACUGCGUCGGUGAUUCACUUUUUGAAGACUCACUGGCAACCACUGCUUGGAUGGCCUCACACAAUUGUUGCAGACCAAGGUCGUGAGUUUGUUUCAGCCGAGUUUGGCGACUUCUGCGACAGCCAGAGCAUCUACUUGUACCACAUUGGCGUGGGUGCACCCUGGCAGAAUGGCAUCUGUGAACGAAGUGGGGCUACUUUGAAGGCCCUGGUUGGCGCUAUCACCCAGACCAUGGCAGUUAGCACCUUCAAAGAGAUGGAAGAGGCCGUGGGUGAAGCAGUCAUGGCCUACAACAGUGACUUGAAUGAGCACGGAACUGCACCGAUUCAGCUGGUGACAGGUAGAAUUCCUACCCCUGGUGGAGAUGUGUUGAACAACUUUGCCAAGCGAUUGGCUGAGCAUUCUCUCAUUUCCUCAAAGCCUUCUUUGGAAAGACAGCUGGCCAUACGUGAGACAGCUCGAGUUGCUAUGCUGAGAUUGCACUACAGCAGGAGUUUGCGAAGAGCUGAGCUGGCCAGGUCUAGGUCUUCUACAGCCACAGAUGCCCCUCUUCCUGGUGAUUUGGUUUUCUUUUGGCGUGCACAGAAAUACCAGUCCAAGAAGGAAGGUGGUGGAUCUUCCAGGCGCCGACUCAUUUUGAAACGUUGGCAUGGUCCUGGCUUGUUGGUUGCGAGCGAAGGCAAAGAUGGUGAAGGACAUGCUGCAAAUUGUUUCAUCUCGUUUCGAGGACAACUCACCAAGUGUCCCAUGGAACAUGUGAGGAAAGCUUCUUCACUUGAGAGCAUUGCAGCAGGUUCUUGGGAGGCUGCGAUUGAGGAGGUGAUUCAGGCCGCCAUGCAAGACGGUCAUGGUCUUGCUGCGGAUGCUCCUGAGAUGGCCGAUGAUGAGGCUGAUGAAGAGACAGCCGCAGCUCCAUUCACACCGGCGACCAUUCCGGUGAACGCUGGUUUGAUGCCCAGCGAGAUUGUAGCUGCCAUUCAACCUCCACCUAUGCCUAUGUCAUCACAACCUUCACUUGUUUCUUUUCCUGCGACACCAGUUGGAAGUGCAGCACCUGGAACGCCUGUUCCUGAUUUGAUCAGAAAUGCAUCUCAAGCAGUUGGUGCUGCGCCUGCAUCUCCUUUGAUGGAACGGACGCUUGAGCGAGCACGGGCUUAUGACCAGGAUCAGCAAGAUUUGCGUGGCUUGAAACGCCAAGCAGAAGAAGAGCUCUCGCGCACAGAUGAGUUUGCAACGCAGCCCACAGCAUCCACUCCGGCUGCAACUUCUUCUCAACCUCAGGCUGCAGAUCCUGGAGGCACCAAUGUUCAUGCACCAUUUGAAGCCUUGCUGAUGUCAAAGGACGAUCAUGGCACAUGGGAUGGUCGUUGGUCUUUCAUUUGUGAGCGAGACUGGAAGACACUCAAAGAUAUGGGCAAACAACUUCCUUGCGGGUCCGACCCACAUGAUGCUUUCAAAGUGCAAGCUGCGCGAAAAGAGUAUGUUUGGAGUCAGAUAACACCAUCCCAAAAGAAGCUUUGGGGUGAUGCAGCAGUGGAUGGAUGGAAUGCAUACAUUGAUAAUCAAGCAAUCCAAGUCUUGUCCAUGGAAGAGUCACGCAAAGUUUGGAGUGAACUCAAACGCAAGAACGAGACAGACAGAGUGCUCGUCCCCAGGUUUGUUUGCACUGACAAGCAUGAUGGGCUGCGCACAGCUAGCCACCCAUUGCCAGUGAAAGCAAGCAGUCGCCUUGUGGUGCCAGGGUUCAAAGACAGGGCCAAUUUGGAAGGCACUCUACGGCGUGACAGCCCCACUGGUUCCCGGUUGGCUCAACACUUUUUGUUUGCUGUGGCCGCUUUUCAAACGUCAUGGGCCUUGAUUUCAGCUGACGUGAAAAGUGCUUUCUUGAAAGGUGAUCCUUUUGUGGACAGGGAGCUCUACAUCACCAACACAAAUCCUCGAGUGUCCCCGCCUUUGCCUCUCCAGACCAGUCAGCUGUGUCGUGUGCUGAAAGGCAUAUUUGGCUUGGCAGAUGCACCCAGACAAUGGUGGCUGCGACUGUCGCGCUCGAUGCAAGAGCAUGGUUGGAAAGUGAGCCUUUUGGAUGCAGCGAUGUGGACCUUUUGGAAGAAGAUUGAUGGCAAAGACGUUUUGCAGGGCAUCGUGGUUGGUCAUGUAGAUGACUUGCUCUUUUGUGGCUCGCCCUUGGCUGAGCAGUCCUUGAUUGAGAUUGGAAGGGAGUUAGGUUUUGGAAGUUUGGAACGAGAAGAUUUCACAUGGUGCGGCAAACGCAUUAGACGUGCAUCAGAUGGAACGAUCAGACUUUCAAUGCACGAGUAUCAUGACAAUUUGUCUGAAAUUGUGCUCCCUCGCCAUCGCAAGUCCGAGAUGAACUCUCCACUGGACAAGCACGAACAUCGACAGUUGCGUGCUGUGCUGGGAAGCUUGCAAUGGUUAGUUGCUCAGCUGCGCUUCGACAUGAGCUUUGCUGUGUCUACUCUUCAAGGAGAGCAUCCACCGAAUGUGGAGACAGUCUUGAAAGCGAACGCCUUGGUCAAGGAGUUCCAGCGCACAAGCACAUUCGAGCUUAUCUUUCGAGCGGUGGAUUAUCGCACCUCUGGGAUAUGCAUGGUGUCUGAUGCUGCGCUGGGGAAUGUGAAACUCAAUGGCGCGACCAAUGGCACUCCUCAGGAGAAGGUUUACCCUCAAGCUUGUUAUUUUGCUUUGCUUGCUGAUGAAGCGUUGCUGAAUGGCAAGGAAGGUGUCUUUAACAUACUGGAUGCGAGGUCUCACAGAAUCCCUCGCGUUUGCAGAUCCACCUACAGUGCAGAGACCCUUGCGGCAGAAGAAGCCAUGGAUGUUGGCCAGCUUUGCCGUGGUUGCCUUGCUCUGCUGAAUGACCCAACCAUUUCAGCACGUGAUGCAGAUGGACUUUGUGAGAAGCGUGGUUGGCACCACAUCAACGGAGUUGGCGUGCAGGUUGCCCACAAUGCUAAGUCCUUCAGAACGCCAGUGGAGAACCUGGAGGAUGGCAGCGAGCUCGAGGCUGAUGUUUCUUUUCAAAUGAAACGGUCCACGUGGAAGACGGCUGUAGCACUGGCAACUGCAAUGGUCGUUUGUGUUGGCAUUUUCGCCUUGUCAACGAAUGGCUUCAGCCGCAGCUGCAGCAAUGUUGGAGCUUUGCAAGGCAAGUCUUCUUUGGAUCUUAAUUCCGCCAUCCGCAGCACUAGUGAAAAACUGAUUCAGGCAACCAAGAACAACCAAACUCUGGCUGAUGAGACUGUGCUGAAGGCCAUGGUGAAGGCAGGUCGCAAGGUUCAGGACCAUUGGGAGAAGCACCACAUCCGUAAAUUGGACACUCUUAUGACCAUCAGAAGGGUGAAAGGAUUCCGCCAAAGACAAAAGGCCAAACUUGCUGGAAUGGCAGAAUGCUCCUUCAACAUCUUGGAGGCAUUUGUCUCAGUGGUGGGUAUGGGUGAUGACAUCAAUGCCAUCAUUCGCACUUGCCCUGCACCUCGUGAUGGUGAGUCUGAGUUGGCUUGCCAGGUAAACGGUGCCAUCCUGGGUGCUUGGGUGGGCAACCUUGCUGCCAAGCUGGCCUUGGCAGCUUCAGAUUGUGCCUUGAGCCUCAACGUGGAUGCCUUUUGCUCUGCUGGUGUCGCAGGCUUGGUGUCAGCCAUGGGAGAGAUUGCAGCUGGAGCUUCUUUGGGUGUGGCGUGUUCCGGAACUCCGCCACAACUGACCACCACCAAGGUCAGUGUCCUGGGAGAUCAGACCGUCCGGGACAGCCGACGUUUGCUGAUUGGAGAAGGCGCUGUCGGCAAUGGUGUGCAGUGUGGUGUGGAUGUGGGCAUGGUGGCAGCCAACAUUGCAAACAUGGGUCUUGCCAUCAACAAGGCCGUGAAUGCGGACAAGUGCAAGGCAAGCACUUUCCGCGUCCCGCUCAAGGGCAUCCCAGAAACACUUUGCACCGUUGACAUUGGUGGUGCUGUGGCGUACAUCGGUGAGGUUGUUACCUUCAUCAAUCUCAUUGUGGUUCACUGUAAGGACUUUCUGGAUGUCAACGCACUUUGUGCUGGCUCCAUAGCUGCGAUCACCACGGGCGCAGCGGCCAUUGUGCCCUAUGGCGCAGCAGUGCACGCGGCCUGCGCGAACAACCGUUUCUUGAAGCGCCGUCGACGCUUGACGGAGGAGGAGACGGCUGCUAAGCAACCCUUGAAGGAAAGCUUGUCUCAGAUCGCGGCGAACCGUGAGACUUUGGAGGAGCUGAAGAAGGCGACGGAUGUUCCCAAGCCGGGCAACACAGAAGCAGACAUGGAGACUCUCUUGAACCUCAUGGGCGGAGAGGACAAGGUGGAGAACCUGGAGGAUGGCAGCGAGCUCGAGGCUGAUGUUUCUUUUCAAAUGAAACGGUCCACGUGGAAGACGGCUGUAGCACUGGCAACUGCAAUGGUCGUUUGUGUUGGCAUUUUCGCCUUGUCAACGAAUGGCUUCAGCCGCAGCUGCAGCAAUGUUGGAGCUUUGCAAGGCAAGUCUUCUUUGGAUCUUAAUUCCGCCAUCCGCAGCACUAGUGAAAAACUGAUUCAGGCAACCAAGAACAACCAAACUCUGGCUGAUGAGACUGUGCUGAAGGCCAUGGUGAAGGCAGGUCGCAAGGUUCAGGACCAUUGGGAGAAGCACCACAUCCGCAAAUUGGACACUCUUAUGACCAUCAGAAGGGUGAAAGGAUUCCGCCAAAGACAAAAGGCCAAACUUGCUGGAAUGGCAGAAUGCUCCUUCAACAUCUUGGAGGCAUUUGUCUCAGUGGUGGGUAUGGGUGAUGACAUCAAUGCCAUCAUUCGCACUUGCCCUGCACCUCGUGAUGGUGAGUCUGAGUUGGCUUGCCAGGUAAACGGUGCCAUCCUGGGUGCUUGGGUGGGCAACCUUGCUGCCAAGCUGGCCUUGGCAGCUUCAGAUUGUGCCUUGAGCCUCAACGUGGAUGCCAUUUGCUCUGCUGGUGUCGCAGGCUUGGUGUCAGCCAUGGGAGAGAUUGCAGCUGGAGCUUCUUUGGGUGUGGCCUGUUCCGGAACUCCGCCACAACUGAGCACCACCAAGGUCAGUGUCCUGGGAGAUCAGACCGUCCGGGACAGCCGACGUUUGCUGAUUGGAGAAGGCGCUGUCGGCAAUGGUGUGCAGUGUGGUGUGGAUGUGGGCAUGGUGGCAGCCAACAUUGCAAACAUGGGUCUUGCCAUCAACAAGGCCGUGAAUGUGAACAAGUGCAAAGCGAGCACCUUCCGCUCACCAUUGAACGUGUUCAAGGGCAUCCCAGAGACACUUUGCACCAUUGACAUUGGUGGUGCUGUGGCGUACAUCGGUGAGGUUGUUACCUUCAUCAAUCUCAUUGUGGUUCACUGUAAGGACUUUCUGGAUGUCAACGCACUUUGUGCUGGCUCCAUAGCUGCGAUCACCACGGGCGCAGCGGCCAUUGUGCCCUAUGGCGCAGCAGUGCACGCGGCCUGCGCGAACAACCAUUUCUUGAAAACACCCAAGAGUCAAGCACAGCUUUCGAAAUUGUGGUAUUCCCCAGGCUAUGAUCCUGUGUCAGGCUUGAAACACCGUCGACGCUUGACGGAGGAGGAAGAGACGGCUGCUAAGCAACCCUUGAAGGAAAGCUUGUCUCAGAUCGCGGCGAACCGUGAGACUUUGGAGGAGCUGAAGAAGGCGACGGAUGUUCCCAAGCCGGGCAACACAGAGGCAGACAUGGAGACUCUCUUGAACCUCAUGGGCGGAGAGGACAAGGCGCGUGCCGCCUGGCCAUUUGAAUGCUAGGUCAUGUUGAGAGCCGUGAGGACGGCUUUUCCACGUGUGGCCUAUUCUAAUCAGGUGGUCAGAUAGUGUCAGAUGAAAUCCAACUGACGCAUCGCGAAUCACAAUUAAUUUGAGCAUACUUGGAUGUAUAGGAUAUAUUUACUUACUUGAUUCAUUUUGACUUAGUUUCUAUCAGCUCAACAGCUGAUAACAGCUGUUGGUGCUAGGUCAACAUGACCUAGCUACCUGGAUCAUGAAUGAUUUGGGUAGGCCAUGUAAUUACUGGGGUUGCUUCAGCUGACCUGACGACAAUCCAUGUCGAAUAGUACAGGCAAUACCCUGCAGAUUGUGGCCUUUGCAGCUCCAAAAAGAGCUGUGACAUCCACAUUCCUGUCCAUAGUGAACGGGGG